AAUAUAAAAAGUAAUCUCCACUUAUAGGACGCCUUACUUUGCUUAUAACAGCGAAUGUGCUGCUGCCAAUCCAAGCUGCUGGCAAUUGGCAACUUUGCAGGUUCUGAAGAACGUUGCAGAGGCAAGAGCAGAGGGAGAGGGCGCGCAGGCAAACAGCUUCAGGGCAAAGCAGAGCAGACGCACAUCCGGCAAGCUUGCAACCUGCAAAUGAAUUGGCUAUAAUCUAAAUGAGUUGGCACAGAAGAAUUGUUGAGCUGCAUUGACUGUUGCUGGCAGAAGCUUCGACCGUAUUUGCAUAUUCCUCCUCCGUAGGCUUGCUGUAGAGAUGGAUCCGUUCUACUACCUGCUCCAACCGCUCUUUCUGUUCCUGCGGCCUCCGAAACUCAGGCUAAGAGUUCCAAAGGUCAGCCUACCCAGUGCUAUGACCGUCUUUGCGCUGGUCCUCAUCAGCUACUUCUUUGUCAUCAGUGGCCUAGUCUUUGAUGUCAUCCAGGAGCCGCCAGGGAUGGGCGUUAUCCAGGAUCCGCGGACUGGCGCUCAACGGCCGGUGGUUUUCAUGGAGGGUCGUGUCAACUCGCAGUACAUCAUUGAGGGGCUCUCCGCAGGCUUCAUGAUUGUCCUAGGAGGGGUGUCGCUCCUAGCUCUUGACGCAGCGGCGGACAAGAGCAAAGGCAGGAACACUCGGCUUGGUUUUCUGGGCGCAGGAGCGUUUGGCUUCUGGUUCUCUUAUCAGAUGGCCAUUCUGUUCCUUCGAUUCAAGGUCCCGGGUUACCUAGUGAACUCCCAGUAGAUAUAGAUAUAGAGAGUACUCGACCUUGGGAAUAAUCUGAGUUGAUUAAAGAAACGAAACAGCCUAAAACGGCGUGACAUGAUGCUGCUUCAAUCACAUGAUGGUGCAAAGAUUGUCGUAAGUUUUCUGCACCCAGUCAUCGGUUCAACAUUCUUUUGCCAAAGCGG